AUGCAGCUCUCUCUCGCCCUGUGUCUUGUCUGCCUGCUGGUGCACGCAGCCUUCCGUGUGGUGGAGGGCCAGGGCUGGCAGGCCUUCAAGAACGAUGCCACGGAGAUCAUCCCUGAGCUGGGCGAGUACCCCGAGCCUCCGCCAGAGCUGGAGAACAAGACCAUGAACCGAGCGGAGAACGGAGGGAGACCCCCUCACCAUCCCUUUGAGACCAAAGACGUGUCCGAGUACAGCUGCCGCGAGCUGCACUUCACCCGCUACGUGACGGACGGGCCCUGCCGCAGCGCCAAGCCGGUCACCGAGCUGGUGUGCUCCGGCCAGUGCGGCCCGGCGCGCCUGCUGCCCAACGCCAUCGGCCGCGGCAAGUGGUGGCGCCCGAGCGGACCCGACUUCCGCUGCAUCCCCGACCGCUACCGCGCGCAGCGGGUGCAGCUGCUGUGCCCCGGUGACGCGGCGCCGCGCGCGCGCAAAGUGCGCCUGGUGGCCUCGUGCAAGUGCAAGCGCCUCACCCGCUUCCACAAUCAGUCCGAGCUCAAAGACUUCGGGCCCGAGGCCGCGCGGCCGCAGAAGGGCCGAAAGCCGCGCCCCCGCGCCCGGGGCGCCAAAGCCAACCAGGCCGAGCUGGAGAACGCCUAUUAGAGGCCGCCCGCCGCGCCGCGCCUCCCCCCACAACCCGCGCCCCGGCCCAGGCGCCCGGGUUUCUGCCCUCGGCGCGCGGUUUGAUUGUUUGUAUCUCAUUGUAAAUGCCUGCGACCCAGGGCAGGGGGCUGAGACCUUCUGGGCUUCGGCAGGAGGUAGCCAGGCCCUGCGGAUCCCGGGCGCCAGCAGAGCCCCCACUCCCUCGUCUCCGAGGGGGUCCCGCAGGGCAGGAGAGGGCGCUGAGAGUCACAGACACUGAGCCACGCAGCCCCGCCUACAGGGGCCGCCCACCUUUGCUGGUCCCACUUCCGAGGAGGCAGAAAAGCAAGCAUUUCACCGCCCAGGGGUUCUAAGGGAGCAGUGGGGGAGGAGGAAAGUCCCGGGACUGGUUAAGAAAGUGUGAUAAGAUUCCCUCUCCACUUCUCUGCCCCUCAAAAAGCCUUUAGUGCCUUGUUGUGCCAAGAACACAGGACCGGGGUCCGUAGGUCUGGUUUCUAGUCCGGUCUCUGCCGCUCACGUGCUGGAUGACCUUGGACCACACUCUUCUCUUUCUUGUCCUCAAUUUCCUAUUCGGAAAAUGGAGGUGGGGGUGGAGGAGUCUACGGUCACCUGAUUCCAAGGCCUUGCGUGUCUUUUGAAUGGGCAAAGGAGAGAGAGAGAGGUUGGGUUGAAAUGCUGCCAUGGUCACGUCCGGACUUCAGAGUUGUGAUGCCCGGAUCUGACAGCCAAAGAUGAAAAGCAAGUGUGGCCGUGGGGGUGGGGUGCGGGGUUGGCGUCGUUUUUAGGGCUGAC